CCUGAGCCCUCCCACUCAGUGCAGAGCGAACGGUCGCUGCAGUCGCCAGACUAACCCUCCGCGGCCGCUAGUCCAGGGCCCGCUCCGGAGCCCGCUCCGCCCGGUUGCCCCGGGGCAGCGGCGGCGGCGGCGGCGGCUAGAAUUCGGCGGCCCAGCAGCUCGCGCUCGGCCCGCCUUCCCUUGCGGGUCCCGACUCUCCCUCCUCAUCUCUCUCGGGGUCCUGGAGCCGAGCUCGGCCCGCACCUCCCGGGGCCGGUAGCGCGGCCGAGAAAUCCCUGAUUUGGACAUCCAGAGCACCAUUCCUGUUUUUUCUGAGUCUUGAAUUGGAAGCUACCAGGACUCUCUAAGACCCGAAAGUGAUAUAAAAGGGUGCAUAGGACCUGUUAAGAAUCAAACCUGGUCAAAUGAAUCACCUCUUUUAUUUCCUGCUACAGAGAGCACUUGGAGAAAGGAAGUCUUCCUAUGACCUCUGCCUACCACCCAUAAAAUACUCAUUUCUGUUUUAGUUCGUUGAACCCACAGAUACUGAGGACUGGCCAUAUAUUAACUACUUUUAACCGAUGUGAAUCUGCAAUAUGUAUACCAGCUCUGCCUGCAGUUGAGCACAAAGACCUGGAGGAGACUCCCACAGCCUUCAGGGAGAAGAAAGGAGGCAGCGACUCCGAUUAAAAGGAACUUGUGGCUUGUGGCCUUUUUUUGUUGUGCAGGGGCCUCCUGGAAGGGGAGAAAAAGUGCAUUAAAGCCACAUUGGCGGUUAAUGAGCUGUGAGAUGAGGCACUGCUGUUGCUGCUGCUGCUGCUGCUGACACUGAUUCCAGGAUCCCUCUGCUGCCCUUUGUGCUUCAUGUACAUGUGUCUAUUCAGGCCGGCCGGAGGCGCCCAGAAGAGAAUCCACCACGGCUGCCGGGGAAAGACCGCCCACCAUGCCCACGGAGACGCUACAGACAGGUAGCAUGGUGAAGCCGGUCAGUCCCGCGGGCACCUUCACGUCGGCGGUGCCCCUGCGCAUCCUGAACAAAGGGCCAGACUACUUCCGCAGGCAGGCAGAACCCAACCCCAAGAGGCUGAGCGCCGUGGAGAGGUUGGAAGCCGACAAGGCCAAGUACGUCAAGAGCCAGGAGGUGAUCAAUGCCAAGCAGGAGCCCGUGAAGCCGGCCGUGCUGGCCAAGCCCCCCGUGGGCCCGGCAGCCAAGCGCGCGCUGGGCAGCCCCACUCUCAAGGUGUUCGGCCACCACGCCAAAACCGAGAGCGGGGUGCAGCGCGAGAACCUCAAGCUUGAGAUCCUGAAGAACAUCAUCAACAGCUCCGAGGGCUCCAGCUCGGGCUCGGGACACAAGCACAGCUCCCGAAACUGGCCGCCACACCGGUCUGAUGCCACCACCGACCUGCACCGCCACUCCUUCGCCGAGUCCCUGAAGGUCUACCCCACGCCAGGCCGCGGCAGCCCACAGGAAAGCAGUUCGCACGUGAGCAGGAGGCUGCUGGAACAGUCGGCCGAGUCCUUCCUCCAUGUCUCGCACAGCUCCUCGGACAUCCGCAAGGUGACGAGCGUGAAGCCCCUCAAAGCAAUCCCCUGCAGUAGCUCUGCCCCUCCUCUGCCUCCCAAGCCCAAGGUCGCCGCCAUGAAGUCACCCGAAGCAGAUCCCGUGGAACCAGCUUGUGGCGUCAGCCGAAGACCCUCCCUCCAGCGGUCUAAGUCAGACUUGAGUGACAGGUAUUUCCGAGUGGAUGCAGACGUGGAGAGGUUCUUCAACUACUGUGGACUGGACCCCGAAGAGCUGGAAAACCUCGGCAUGGAAAACUUUGCAAGGGCUAAUUCUGACAUCAUCUCCCUCAACUUCCGCAGCGCAAGCAUGAUCAGCUCAGACUGUGAACAGUCUCAGGACAGUAACAGUGACCUUAGAAAUGAUGACAGUGCCAAUGACCGGGUGCCCUAUGGCAUUUCUGCCAUCGAAAGAAACGCUAGGAUCAUCAAGUGGUUAUAUAGCAUCAAACAAGCUAGAGAGUCGCAGAAGGUGUCCCACGUGUAAGAGACACUGUGCGUGGAAAGGAGGGAAGGGCGGGUCUGUCUGUGCAUACGCAGUUGUGAAGGUCGUGAGGUCUCCUUGAAGUGUUGUGAGCUUCUCCACUCUUUGUGUUGCUUGUUGUGCAAUGUUUUCAAGUUGCAUGCCUGUCAACAUGGCGACUGGCCUGGCUUCCUCCUCACCGUCGCUGCAGAGCCUGCCUGGACACCCAUCUGCCAAAAGUUUCAGGCCAGAAUCUACUUAGGGCUUUGCUCUUUAGCAAAACUGUUUACACACACACACACAAAAAAAAAAAAAAAAAUGGUAUACGAUUUCUUCAAUAUUUAUGUGGUUCUUGUGUUUUUAUAUCCCGCGCUAUUGUGUCUUAAUUAAAAGUUUUAUCAACUGGCUUUUAAGUUGAGAGCAGAAUGUUUUUGAAAUAAAAAGCCACUUUGCCUACAUGUGAGACCAUAACAGUGAGCAAAUCAAUGAGUUUUGCUACCAAACAGAUAGUGACUGACUGAAAAUAGAACCAGGCUGGGUUUUCUGUGGAAUACAGUGGUAAGCCUGAUGUUAGUCGUUUACAUGUUGAAACUUCACUUGCCACUUAGUGGAGCGGUCAGUAGGUCAUCAGUGCUACUUUGUGAUUCCGAGUCAGUGUGUCCAUGUUAAUGGUUCUGUGUAAUACUGACCCCAAGGAAGACAAUCAGAUAUGACCAAGGAUGGUUAAAUCUAGGAGUUUGGAGAUUUGGGGGUUUUGUUGAUGUUGUUUAGAUUGGAAUACUUCAGAAAUGUCUAGUAUUGAUCUUUCAACAGAUAUGACCACCCUAAAGCUGAAUGCCUUUAUUAAAAAAUUGUUUUAUGUUCUGGGCUUUUGUUGUUGUUUUGGUUUUGGUUAAGAACUACUAAUUCCAUGCUGUUUCUCUUCCUCCCUUUGUUGCUGUUUUACUUGGGGGAGAGGAGAGGAACUUGUGUAGGUUGAGCUAUCUGAAGACAUGAACAAAAAACGGAAAUACCAGCCAUAUCAGUAUAGAGCCUCCCAUUCAAAAGUGAAUGCAUUUGAUGACUGAACCAUAUCUGAGCAAUGUGAUUCUGUUGUCUUGCAAUAUGUUAUUCUCCCAGGCUGUGGAUCUUUGUUACAGUUCUAGGAAACUGUCGAAACCCAAUACUCUGUAACUUUUCCACCCUAUGGUCUCUAGUGCUGCCUCACCUUGUCCCCUUUUCCCCUAAUAACCUGUCCUCCAGGUGGUUUAGUUAGCUGUCACCAGCUAACGGUUUGGUGUGGUAGCAGAGAGGUAACCUUGCGGUGGUCUGUCAUUGCUCUGGUCAUGCUCAGAAGUUCUCAGCUGCAGCACCCUAGACUUCAUCAGCUAAUGGGAAACUUUCUGGUGUAAAUGCUGUAAGACUUUGUACAUACUUCACUUGUUAUGAAAUCUUUAAGAAAAAGAAAAAAAAAGUUCCACUAAUAAAUAGCUCUCUGGUGCAGGCA